AUGCGUCAACGAGAAGAUUCAAUGUUGGAGGAUAUCGAAAGAUUGAGAACGUCAUUGGAAGAAUCGCAAAAGAAUCACGAAGAACACAUCAAAAGUUGCACUCAACAAGCGCAAGAACUGCGCAAAAAGACCGACGAGCUUUCAACUCUCAGAUGUCGCUUAGAAGCGGUCGAAUCAACAAAAGCUCAUCAAAAUACAACAUCACAACGUAGCGAUUGUAUGGAAGAUAUGCUUGUAUCGCAAGUAAAAUCGUUAACAGCACAAAUCAACGAGAUGAGAUCUGCGCGAAAUUACGAUGAA